AUGGCCAAAACAGUGCUUUGGUUUGUGAUCCUAGCUAUUUUGUGCGUCGUUGCUUUUGGAAGAAUAGUGAACAAAAGGAAGUGUCCAGAAGUGCGAGCUGUUCCGCAUUUCGACCUCUCACAGAUGUUGGGUGAUUGGUACGUUGUUGAAUACUAUGCUAGCGCCGAAGAAGCCCUUUCCUACAGCUGUAUGAGAGCUGUAUUCACGGAGGAUGACCACGUGCAAACUGCGGAUGGUUCCGUAGAAUGGACCCCAGGUGUGACGAUGAACUUCACGUACCGCUUCGCCGACGAUCCUCUCGGAGAGAACUUGCUCGGCAACAUAACCUGGCGGGUGGACAUGAACGAGCCAGCGCAUUGGACUCAUUCUGAACUGACUUAUGACGGGAUUUACAAUACUUAUGUCCUUGAUACGGAAUAUAAAACUUGGGCGCUACUACUGCAUUGUGCAGAACAGAGAGAAGGCACCCGAUACUUAAGUGCAUUCAUUUUGUCACGGAAGACUGUUUUGCCAAAGAAUGUGAUGGCGUACCUAAGAGAUAAACUACCGAGAUAUGAUAUUGAUAUUAAAUACGUGUUCCCGAUACCGCAUAACAACUGCACAUCAACACCAGCCAAAUUCAACUAUUCGCCGAUACUCGUGGAAGUUGGUAGUAAGACAAUAAAACGACCUAAGAUUGAAUACAAUGUUAAUUUUGAGAAUUAA